GCUCCUUUUGGUAUUAUUUUGGAACAUGUGCGUCGGUGAGGAGUUGUUCCGGUGUAACGGCACGCCCCCUCGGUGUCUCGUGAUGAUCAGCUGGUCCAAUGAGCGACAGGCAGCUGUGGACAUGGCGUGUGGGUUUCGGUGUAGUGCUGUGCUGUUGCUGCUGUUUGUCACAGUAGUUCGGUUGCAGGAGAAGAAAGAUGACGUGGUUCAUAAGAAGAAGGACAUCAGAGACUAUAAUGACGCCGACAUGGCGCGUCUGCUGGAGCAAUGGGAGAAAGACGAUGACAUAGAGGAGGGUGACCUCCCGGAGCACAGAAGGUCUCCGCCUCCGAUUGACUUCUCCAAAAUGGAUCCUUCCAAACCUGAGGAGCUGCUGAAGAUGUCCAAAAAGGGCCGGACUCUGAUGGUUUUUGCCACAGUGUCUGGAGAUCCCACUGAGAAGGAGACUGAGGAGAUCACAGGGCUGUGGCAGGGCAGCCUCUUCAAUGCCAACUUUGACAUUCAGAGGUUCGUGGUUGGCUCCAACAGGGUCAUCUUCAUGCUGCGGGAUGGUAGCCUGGCCUGGGAAGUAAAGGACUUCCUGGUGUCCCAGGAGCGUUGCAUGGAGGUCACAGUGGAGGGACAGGUCUUCCCUGGAAAAGGUGCCAAGAAAGACGAGGCCAAAUCCAAAGAGCAGAAUGAAGUUAAUGAAAAGAAGGCCAAGAAGAAGACUGAGGCCAAGAGACCAGACCUGGUGGGGAACCAUGGCAGCCAUCUGAAACAGGAGCUGUGACAUCAGAACAGAACACCUGGGUUCUGGUGUCCAUGGUGAGCACUGAACUUCUAUCUGGAUUAAAGGACAGAUCCACAUGAAGCCACA